AUGCCAGCAAUUUCUCAUCAAUCAAAUCCAGUUGUUGGAGAGAAGAGCGAGGAAAGCACGUUGCAUGAGGCCCAAAAGUAUGAAGCUUCACCAGGAGUACCGGAUGCGAAACAAGAAGAGAACGUCGCAAAGCAAAGAUCUGGACGGAUAUGUGGAGGACAAUAUCUCACAGAACAUCACGGAAGCGAGGGGGAUAAACUUGCAGGGAACUCUUUGAAGGAGGUCGAUAUCGAUAUGCCUUUGACGUUGUGGGAAAUGACCGAACACGACGGAAAGGAAUACAUUUUACUUCGAUUUACCCACGAUGAUCCACAAGAUCCAUUCAACUGGAAUGCAGGGCGGAAAGCAUUCAUCACAGCAUUACUAUGCUUGAUGACUCUCUUUAUUGGUCUCGCAACAACAUCUUACAGUAGUGGUAUUGGGAACAUGACAGAUGAUUUUGGCGUCUCGAAUGAGUUGGGUCAACUGGGACUAUUUUGUUUCAAUUUUGCUUGUGCUCUUGCGCCUCUGUUCCUAGCUCCAUUUUGUGAGCUCGUGGGAAGGAGAGUCAUCUAUGUUGGAGCCUACGCACUUUUCAUCCUCGUCUUUAUUGGGUUGGCUCUCGGAAAGAACAUCGCCACCAUUCUGGUGAUGCGUGUGCUACAAGGUCUUUUUGGAUGUGUUGGAACAAUCCUUGUUGGAGGAACUUUCAGCGAUAUCUAUCGACCAGACGAUCGAGCAAUCCCCAUGGCAUGUUUUGCGUACGUAGCAAUCUUCGGGACAGUCGCUGCUCCAAUAUAUGCUGGAUUCAUUGACGAGACUAUUGGCUGGAGAUGGAUCGAAGGUAUUCAGGGGCUCGCCAAUGUGCCGCUGCUCAUUCUCAUCAUACUUGGACUGAGGGAGACAAGAGGUGGUGUCACCUUACACAAGCGUGCAAAGGCACUUCGAGCUGCAACUGGCGAUGAACGAUAUAAAGCCGAGAUGGACUUGGAAGCAAAAGAUUUAAAGGAAAUGCUUCACAACUCGAGUGUGAAAGCGGUUAAAAUGUUAGCGACAGAGCCUGUUGUGUUUGCAUGGGGUCUUUUCAUCGCCUUUGCAUGGUUCGUUACGUUUCUUUUCCUCAGCGUUAUCUCCAUCACAUUUGAAGAGAAACGAGGAUGGAGCGAAGGUGUUGCUGGUCUACCCUACAUUUCAUUAUGUGUCGGCGUCACAAUAGGUUUUGCCGCCAAUUUUCUGCAGAUUCGGAAAUACAAACAGAUCAUGGCGGCUCGAGAUCGACGAAUCCUUCCAGAGUCCAGACUUUACGGCGCAAUGUUUGGUGCUCCCUUACUGCCUGUUGGUCUCUUUAUCUAUAGCUUCACGCAAUACGGGUAUCUUCCUUGGAUUGCCCCAACUAUCGCACUGGCACCAAUUUCAGCUGGAAUAUUCUUCAUCUUUGAGUCAACUUACAGCUACACAUCUGAUUGCUACGGUGAAAAUUCUUCUUCCGCAAUUGCAGGCCAGGGUCUAAUGAGGAACACACUGGGAGGCGUAGCUCCGCUGUUCGCAUCGCAGUUCUUCCAUAAUGUCGGAAGUCAAUAUGCUGGUCUUAUGCUCUCCAUUUUUGGCACAAUUCUCAGUUUAAUACCAAUCGUCAUGUUUAAGUAUGGUUCGAGGUUGAGGGAGCGUUCGAAGCUAGCAAGUUCUCAGACUGGAGGGGAAGAGCAGAAGAAGAACACUGGUCUUUAUCCAGCUGCAUUCGUCUGA